UUCGGACACAAACCAAGAAGAAUUGCCCCCUUUAAAUAUUCCCCCAUAAAAUUCUCAUACCAAAGAAAACCAAAGGAUCAAAAUCUCGCAUCAGCUUCCAGAACACAAAAACCCCGGAGAUCUCGAGGAUGAAGGGGAUGAAAGCGUGCGAGCUAUGCGCGGGCGCAGCCCGUAUGUACUGCGAAUCGGACGAAGCUAGUCUCUGCUUCGAUUGCGACGCCAAGGUCCACGGCGCGAAUUUCCUCGUCGCCCGCCAUUCUAGGGUUUUACUUUGCCGGAACUGCCAGGAUCCGACGCCAUGGAAGGCGGCGGGAGCGAAACUCAUCCAGGCCGUCUCGGUCUGCGAUCGGUGCGUCGAAGGAAGAUCGAAGAAGGUCGAUGACGAUGAAGCGGAGAGCAGAGAGAGGGUACAUGCUGAUGUUGAUGCUGAUGCUGAUGAUGAUGAUGAUGAUGAUGAUGAUGAUGAGAGUGAUGGUGAGGGUGAUGAGGAGGAGGAGGAGGAGGGGGAGGAGCAGGUGGUGCCGUGGUCGACGGCGGAGCCACCGCCGGUGACGACGACUUCUUCGAGUAGCGAAGAGGAGGCGGCGGAUAAAGAAAUGGUGGGGCCCGUCGGUAAUGAAUCCUUGAAGAGAAUGAGACAAAAUGCAGAUCUUCCUCUAUCUCAGGAUCAGCAGUCCUUUUCUUCCUCUUCAAGGCUUAGUUAUCUCCCGAGUCCUGUUAGGACAACGGCCAUUGACGAGACCGUAUCAGACUCAUUCCGGCCACUAAAAACCCGCAAGAAAUUAGACCUCAUUUGCUCUAAUUCGCAUAAGUUAUUGGUUGAUUUCAUCUAAGUUGUUGCUGUAAAAGAGAUGGAAUAGCUGCUGUUUUGACAAUAUUUGGAUUGAGGCAGUAGAAAGUGAUGGCCCUAAGUAUUAAUGUAUUAUUCUGGUAGCUAAUUAUGAUUGUGGCUGUUGGCUAACUCUCAAAAUUUUAAGUACUGAGGAUCAUUUUGCAUCUGUAACUCUUUUUUGUGGUUCGACGAACUAAAGAGGAUCUUGUGCUUCGUUUGUCACUGUAUUUUCUUUUGUUACAAUACACUCCCUUUCUGCGUAUCACUGUUUGCAUCAUCAA